UGUUAUUUAGUUUGUGUUGUCUAUUUAUUUCUGUUUUAAGUUUCAUAAAAAAAUUCAAACUUUUUAAUUAAAUGAUGCCCCGGACUAUGAACAAUAAGUAUUGCGUGGUGUGUGGCGAUAAAGCAACAGGCUACAAUUUCAAUGCACUCACGUGUGAGUCCUGUAAAGCAUUUUUUCGCCGAAAUGCUCUCAAAAAAAUACCAAAAUGCAAAUUCCAGUCCAAUUGUGUCAUCGAUAUAGUCAUGCGACGGAUGUGUGCUUUUUGUCGCCUAAAUAAGUGCAUUGAGUGCGGCAUGAAAAAGGUGAGCACCCGUUCCCCUCGUAUAAGGGGGUCGACCCCUAAUCACUUACUAACCGAGAGCACCGGUACCCUAGGAGUGGAUCUGGAACGACGAGGCCAAGGAGUGUCGGCGCAUGAAAAUUGA